AUGGAAGUGAUUGGGGAGCUUCGCUUAGAAAUGAAAGCUCUCAUGGAAAAUCAGCUUAAGGAAUAUGAGAUACUAAGAAAUAGAUUUAUAAAUACUGAGACAGAAUUAAAAGAAUUAAGAAAAGAAAUGAAGGUACUUCAAGAAAAAGUAGAUAAAGUACAAAUAUUGGAAGCGAAAGUAGAUAGUAUAGUAAGAAAUGAUGAAAAAUUAGUGAGCAAUAUGAUUAGGGUAAGUCCAACAACUGAUAAAAAUGAGGAAGCUUAUUUACAAAAAGGAACUCCUCAAUCAUUUGCAGCGGCAGCGAACCGAAACCAAAACCGGGUACUUAAAAAUAAGUUCCCAACGAAGCAAGCGAGUGUGGCCACGAAACCAUCAGACAAAUCGACUUCCGUAAUUAGCUCAAUUGUGAAGGAGAUACCCGAACCAAAGCAAGUAAGAAAUAAUUCUGAGCAAAUAACCGAAACUGAGGAUAUAGAAUCUCAAAAGGAAGGAAACUGGAUAAUAGUAAAUAAAAAGAAGAAAAGCAGAUACCCUAAUACUGAGCUGUUAGACAGUUGGACCAUAUCAAACUGUCGUAUGAAAGGGCUAUCAAGAUCGUCAUUUGAAGUAGCAGAAAGAGAACUAGCUAGUAUGCUUAACAGAAGCGACACCUAA